AUCUCAUAACAUAUCUUCUAGCUAACUACAUAAUAUUUUACUAUGGCUACUCGUGGAAAGCUUGAGGUAGACAUUGAACUGAAGUCAAGUGCAGAUAAGUUCUGGAAAACAAUUAGGGAGUCCACAGAAAUAUUCCCUAAGGCUUUUCCACAUGAUUACAAAAGCAUUGAGGUUCUUGAGGGUGAUGGCAAGGCUGCUGGUUCUGUCCGCCAUAUCACUUAUGGUGAAGGGUCAUCAUUGGUGAAAUCAUCAAAAGAGAGGAUAGAAGCUGCGGAUGAUGAGAAGAAGACAGUGAGCUAUGCGGUGAUCGAAGGUGACCUCUUAGAGUACUACAAGAAGUUCAAGGGACACAUUGCCGUCACAACCGCCGACAACGGCUGCGAGGUUAAAUGGACGGCUGAGUAUGAAAAGACCUGCCAUGAGAUUCCCGAUCCAUCCGCCGUCAAGGACUUUGCCGUCAAGAACUUCCUCGAGGUCGAUCAAUACAUUAUUCAACAAGCAGCUUCUUAACCUGCUUCAAUAAUGCCAUUAUUCCAUUGUGUGUGCAUGGAUCGAAUUAUUAUUAAUCAACAAUUAAUAAUAAAUUAAUGAUGGUGUUGUUGUUCUUUAUGGUAUCGUUUCAGAUCGAUCUAUUUGAUGUUAUAAUAUAUAAAAUGUGGUGCAUGAGGAGAAGACUUGUAUUUGCUUCCUACUCAUGGCUUAAUAAUUUGUGUAUGUGUAUGGAAUAUGGAUUCCAUCGUAUUAUUAUUACAUAAGACUAGCAUUUCAAUAGUCA